AUGCAGGAUUCCAGCGAUGCCGCCUUUCGUAUUCGCCUAAACAAUAUCGACCAUUACCAGAUCGAACCAACGUCCUUUGACCCUCCUUUCCCUCCACCGAAAGGUUCAAAAUACCCACCAAAGAUCCCUAUCAUCCGAAUAUUUGGACGUACAGAGACAGGACAGAAAGUCUGUGCACAUGUUCAUGGAGCGUUCCCAUACAUCUACAUAGAAUACCCAACAGAAGAGAUCGGGCUGGAUCCCGUCAAUAGGAAUCGAUGGUUACGAGCUCUCCGUAAGAGCCUCGAUAAGGCUCUUAAUGCCCGCAAGGGCGACGAAUUCCAGAAUAAACCGAUCCCAAAACCAUACGUUGCUAAUAUAUCCCUUGUCAAAGGAACUCCCUUCUACGGUUUCUAUGUAGGAUGGAGAUACUACGCUAAGAUUUACUUACUUAAUUCUCGGGACAUGACCAGACUUUCCCAGAUUCUUCUCAGUGGGGCCAUACUUCAAAAGGUAUUUCAGCCGUAUGAAGCUCACAUACAAUACCUGCUACAAUUUAUGAUCGACUUCAACCUCUAUGGAUGUGGUUUUGUGGAUUGCAAAAAUGUUAGAUUCAGGCAUGGUGUUCCAGAUGUCGAUGAUAUUGAGGAGGGACACCGGUGGCAUACUGAAUCGAUCCCAGCGCACUGGAUGUUACCAGAGCAUGAGUUCCCUAGACAAUCUUACUGCUCGCUGGAGGUGGAUAUACAUGUCCAAGACAUCAUGAACCGGAAACUUGUUUCCCAACGCAUGCUCCACCAUGAUUUCGUUGAACGCACGAAUCCUAUCCCACAAGACCUUAAACUCCUCCACAGUCUUGCAGAAUUGUGGAAAGACGAAAAUAGUCGAAGAAGCUCUGGAGACCAACUCAAUAUGGAAGGAUUCGUAGCAUCAACCGGUAAGAGGGAGAUAAAUGAACCCUGGGGGGACGAAGAUGAAAAAUGGGAGAAGGUAAAUGCAAUAAUCGAAGCGGAAAGACUGAGAGGAGAUGGUUGGACACCAAGCUUUGAAGAUUUUGUACCGCGUGAAGAGCCUGACCCUUUUGUACAAACCGCCUUGCAAAGUGUGGAAGACUUUUUCGUCUUUCAGGACAUGGAACGUAAAGAUUUGCACCCGGAUGAGGAUGAAGACUCAAGAGCGGAUGUUGAUGUUGACCUUAUUGGAGAUAUAAAUAACGUCGAAUUUUCUGAUAGCGAUGGUGAUAUGGAAUUAGUCGAUGCUGAUGAAGAGAUGUUUAACAAAAAUGGGGAAGAAGAGGAGGAAGAGGGGGGGAAUUUAGAGGGACAAAAAGAAGAGGAACAACGGCAAGGAAAGGAUAAAGUAAAUGAGCUUGAGAACGAUUCGUCAUCACAGUCAGAUGAGUACUCAGACCUCGAAGAAAGCAUAACAAGACGAAUCUUGUGGCCAAAUGGUAGUGAUUCUCACACCCCAUCACAAGAAGGUCACGGUAGCAUUUCUCCCCAGGCCGAUUAUUUAGGAGACCCCAUGCUCCUUCAACUACAAAUUAAAGAUGAAUUUCGCCAAUUAGAAGACGGUUCAAUGAUAGUGCUAACGCCAGGCUCGCACCCUGUACCAACGAAGCGAAAACAUCAACCAGAUACUCCGGUCUCAGAGAAGAGGGCAUCCAAACUAAGCAAAAUUGAGGAAAUAGGAAAAUCCAUUAGCAUAUCACCUGGUAACCAGUCAUUAUCACAGUUAUCGAUAAACUCAGCAUCGAGUAAGGUCGAGGCCACAGGAAUUAUAGAGGAUUUAUGUAUGAACGAUGUACUAAACCGCUCGCCAUUACAACUGCCCUUGGAUUCUUCAAUGACAAGAGUUAUAACUCUUCCCCUUUCGCAAGAGAGGCCUUCUCAGAACAGCAUAAAUUCUCGGGGUGUGACCGCAAAUACUGCAGAACUUAUCCUUGUACAAGAAAUGGCUUCUCCCCAGGCGCCAAGCAUCAUCUCGAGUACAGCAGUUUCUAUCACAAUAAAUGGUGAAAAAAAAAUGCCCAAAAACAUCACGCUUCCGAACCCAGAGGGUAAUUGGCAUGUCCGUAAUUUCCGACCUCCCCGUACAUCUGAGCUCGUUCCUAUCGAGGACUUUGGGAUGCCUCAGGUCGAGUAUCAGGAACCAUACUUUUCAGAUGAGAAGGAUAUACCAGAAGCUGGCUUUGACUACGGCGGGGUCACACAUAAAUUUAACAGUAGAAAGAUUUCAAAUGUGCCUAGGUAUAAUGAAACGGAACAUAAUAAUUCAAAACUACUCAAUGAGUCAUUCAAUCAAAUUUCUCCUAAUUUCCGAUGCUGGGAGAUUUCUGCCCGUCCCCCUACAAGAUCAGAAGCUAUAAAGUGGCUAGAAGAGAAAAAGACAGUUCAGGAUUUAUCCUUCGUUCGGCGAGAACGCUCUGAAGAGCCAGGGCAUUCUUCUCAGAUCGAAGGUCCAACCCAAAAGAACAAGCAUGGGUUCAAAUUGUCUCAGAACGAGAAAUCCAAGUGUAUAAAUAAUGAAUUGCAACCUCUAAGCAUCAUGAGUCUAGAGGUCCAUGUCAAUACACGAGGAAAUCUUGUACCAGAUCCAGAAAAAGAUCCAAUAGCUAGUAUCUUCUGGUGCUUACAGUCCCAUGAUGGCUUUGAGAGUAAUGGUAUCAAAGAUGGAUACUACGUGGGAAUUCUAGCCAUGGAUGAGAAUGAUAAAGAAAAGACAAAAAAGGCUUUUCGGCGUCACUCUCAUGUAGAAAUCAAAGUUGAGUAUACGGAACUCGAUAUUGUAAUCGAGCUCGUAGAUCUUGUACGCGCCUUGGAUCCAGAUAUUCUCACCGGCUACGAAGUCCAUUCUAGUUCAUGGGGAUACCUGAUUGAACGUGCUCAAAAAGUUUGGGGCAUGGAUCUUUGCGAUGAUCUAUCGAGAGUGCGACAAUUGAGCCAAGGCAGGUUUGGUAAAGAAUUAGACCCCUGGGGAUUUAACACUGGCGCAGCGAUAAAAAUUCCCGGGAGACAUUUAAUUAACAUAUGGCGAGCUAUGCGUGGAGAACUAAACCUUCUAGGGUAUACGAUGGAAAAUGUCGUUUUCCACCUGCUGCAUAAACGAAUUCCCCAUUAUGGAUACGGCACCUUGACCAAGUGGUAUCAGAAUGGUGAUCCAGGAUCUUUGGCUACAGUUUUGGACUAUUACAUAGAAAGAGUGCAAUUGAAUCUAGAGAUUAUAGACCAACAGGAACUUAUUUCACGUACUAGCGAGCAGGCACGAAUAUUAGGCGUCGAUUUCAACUCGGUUUUUUCCCGCGGUUCCCAGUUUAAAGUCGAGUCUUUGAUGUUUAGAAUUGCAAAGCCCGAAAACUUCCUGCUUGUUUCGCCAAGUAAGCUUCAAGUUGGGAGCCAGAACGCUCUAGAGUGCCUACCACUUGUGAUGGAGCCAAGCUCGAACUUUUACACAAGCCCAGUUGUUGUCCUAGACUUUCAGUCUUUGUAUCCAUCAAUCAUGAUUGCGUAUAACCACUGCUAUUCCACAUUUGUUGGAAGGGUUGAUUCAUGGAACGGGCAAGACAAAAUGGGCUUUCAAGUUUACAAACGGACCCCAAGACUUUUAGAGCUAUGCAAAGACCACAUCAACAUUUCUCCAAAUGGCAUGAUGUUCAUCAAACCAAAUAUUCGAAAGUCCUUACUCGCAAAGAUGUUGGCCGAGAUCCUGGAUACAAGAGUCAUGGUCAAAAACGGAAUGAAGCGGUAUAAAGAUGACAAACAGUUAUAUAAACUUUUGAAUAAUCGACAAUUGGCCUUGAAGCUCAUUGCCAACGUAACCUAUGGUUAUACGUCUGCUUCAUUCUCAGGCCGUAUGCCAUGUGCCGAAAUUGCAGAUAGCAUCGUGCAGAGUGGAAGAGAAACGUUGGAGAAAGCUAUUGAUAUGAUCAAUAACAACAUGACAUGGGGCGCUGAGGUAGUCUACGGCGAUACUGAUAGUUUGUUCAUACACCUCAAGGGGAAAACAAAGGCACAGGCUUUCGAUAUUGGUGAGGAGAUAGCAGCUAAAGUUACAGCCAUGAACCCAGAGCCGAUUAAACUCAAGUUUGAAAAGGUCUAUCAUCCUUGUGUGCUUCUGGCGAAGAAACGUUACGUUGGAUUCAAGUACGAACAUCGGGACCAGCAAGAACCAGAAUUCGAUGCAAAGGGUAUAGAGACUGUAAGACGAGAUGGCAAUCCAGCAGUGCAAAAAAUGGUAGAGAAGUCUUUGAAGAUCCUGUUCCGCUCCUCUGAUCUGUCGCAGGUCAAGUCCUAUGUGACCCGCCAAUGGAUAAAGAUCAUGAAGGGGGAUAUAUCCAUCCAAGACUUUACAAUUGCAAAGGAAGUAAAGCUGGGCAAUUAUGCCGAGGGCAUCGCUCCCCCGCCUGCGGUCAGGCUUGCGUUAGAAAGGAUGUCCAAAGAUCCUCGGAACCAACCGCAAUAUGGGGAACGAUAUCCAUUUGUAGUUGUUGCAGGUGGCCCGAAUGCUAGGCUCAUUGACAAGUCUGUUGAAGUAGAAGUACUACUACACAACAGUGACAUCCUGUGUUUGGAUUCAGAGUACUACAUCACCAAGACCCUCAUCCCACCCUUGGCACGCAUUUUCAACCUUGUAGGAGCAGACGUAGCGUCAUGGUACAGGAAGAUGCCAAAAGUGCAACGACUACUAAGAACACUCAAACCAAAGCAUGGAGCCGAACAAAGGUCGGCAAGGACAAUGGAGUCCUUUAUGACGAAAUCUACGCAUGUCUGUGCCGUGUGCGAAGAAAAGGCAGAGACUAGAUACCAUAUAUGUCAGUAUUGUUACAACGAACGUGACGUCGCUGUGUUUAAGCUGCAGACAAAACUCACCCGGGCAGAGAAGUGGAAGAAUGACCUUGAGAAAAUAUGCUGGUCCUGCACCGGGCGGCCAUGGGGCUCAGAGAUUGCCUGCAAAUCCCAAGACUGCCCAAUAUACUAUUCCAGGGUCCGACAAACAUCCCUUCUCGCGUAUGAACGAGAAGAGAUCGAACCCCAUCUAGCAACCCUCGCGGAUGUGAAUAUGGAGGAUUUGGAAUGGUAG